CGAUGAGGGUGCCGUGAUUGUGUCCAUACGAGAAGGCUGGCAAGGGUUACUCUCUCUUUGGACCCGUUAUCCUCGCCACUGGUGGCUUCGGUGCCGAUUUCUCCAAGGACGGUCUUCUCGCCAAGUAUCGCCCCGAUCUUCUUAACCUGUCCACUACUAAUGGCGAGCACUGCACUGGUGAUGGAAUCAAGAUGGGUAUGGCCGCUGGUGCCGACACUGUCGAUCUCGAGUGGGUACAGGUCCAUCCUACUGGUCUUGUUAACCCUAAGGAUCCCGACUGCAAGGUCAAGUUCCUCGCUGCUGAGGCUCUCCGUGGUGUUGGUGGUCUUCUUCUCGAUGCCGAUGGAAAGCGUUUCUCCAAUGAGCUCGGCCGUCGUGAUUACGUCUCCAACAGGAUGUUCGCCAACAAGGGACCUUUCCGCCUCGUCCUCAACUCCGCCGCUGCCAACGAUAUUCACUGGCAUGUUGAGCAUUACGAGGGCCGGGGUGUCAUGAAGCACUUCAAGAGUGGUUAUGAUCUCGCCAAGGAGAUGGGUAUCGCCCCCUCCACUCUCGAGCAGACCUUCAAGAGCUACAUUGAGGUUGGUGACAAGCAGACUUCCGAUCCUGACAAUGGUCCUUAUGAUGCCUAUCCGUCUGGAAAGACUUGGGAUGAGUGGGGAAAGAAGUUCUUCAAGAACUACAACUACAAGAUGGAUGACGAGUUCGAUGUUGCCAUCGUCACUCCUCUCGUUCACUACUGCAUGGGUGGUUUGAAGAUCGAUACUACCGGUCAUGUUCUCGACAAGGAGGGUAAGCCCAUCCGCGGCCUCUAUGCCGCCGGUGAGCUCAUGGGAGGUGUUCACGGCAACAACCGUUUGGGUGGUAACUCUCUUCUUGACUGUGUGGUCUUUGGCCGUCUCACCGGUAAAGAUCUAGUUAAGAGCUGCCUUAGGAUGCAAGCCUGUGGCACUGUCUGA